AUGAAGAUUAAUACUCUUGCUCUCCUCGCACUAGGGUCUCUUGGUGUAGUUGCCGAUUCAGACUUUGCUGCAACUUGUCAGGACUAUGGUGUUCAUCGGCCGGGUGGCAACGCCAACUAUCCACAAGACCGUACUACUUUCCAAGCAAGCUGUCGCAAGAUAAAUGGUGCCUGGAGCGUUGCCGUCUUCAUCAAUAUCAGCAAAUUAUUUGCUAAUGACGAAGGCAAUCUGGUUGCUCGACUGAACAGUGGUGGUAUGGGGGGAAGCUGUAGGGACCUACGUAUGAAAGGCACUGUCUUGCAUGCUAGAUGCGUCAACUAUAGUGGUGGAACGACUGAUACUUCUAUUGACUUAAGUAGGUCUUGCUACAUUCGUUUUCAUCUACGGGCUUUGCUAAUCAAGGGAGAUCGGCACAUUGCAAACCGGGACGGCAUUCUUACAUACCAUGGCGGCCCCCGCACCUAG